AUGAGCUCAACUGGUACGCCCGGCGUCGGCACGGUCAUGCUCGCCAUCCCGAGUAAAAAGGGUGAGUUUGUGGACAUAACGACCCCGCUGGAAAAAUACAUCGCGGAAACCUUCGGCGCGGAAGAGUUGACGCACGCGGAAAGUUCCAUCUCGAAAUUCGCCCAAAUUCGAGACGCCUCCGUGGCAUCGACGAACGCGGCGAGCGUGACGGAGGAGACAAUUUCAGAACGGCACGCGGAACACAUGGAGAAUUACUGCAGGUAUUACGCCGCGGUGACGGUUUUUGGGAGUCGGUUUCAAGUGAGAGAUGAUUUUGGAUUGAAUUGUGGAAAGAGUAGUACUACGAGUACAGCGGCGAAUACAUCGAGCGAGGAGAACAACGGAGAGUACGAGGACGAAGGGACGAGGACGGGGUUGCAUUUACCGUUCGAGUGGAAGGACGCGUUCGCACCUGCGGGUGGCGAGAGGAAAAUUGCCGCGAGUUCAUCCAUCGCGAAGGAGAAAUUAGCCAUGCUGUAUAAUUUAGGCGCGUGCGAAUCCGCGUUGGCGGCGAAAAGCGAUCGAUCGACGUUGGACGGGUUGAAAGUCGCUUCCGCGGCGUUUCAAAGAGCGGCGGGGUAUUUUCAGUUUUUAGGUCAGUGUGAUGAUGGGAAGAAAGUGAACGAAACCAUGAGUGCGGGGAGUGGCGAACCGACAGCAGCGACGGCGACGGCGACGACUGGGAUUGAUCGCAUUGAAGCCGAUUUGAGCGGCAAGAUGGCGGCGAUUUUAGUCGCUUUGUGUUUAGCGCAAGCGCAAGAGAGCGUUUUUGAGGCGGCGAAAUUGAGCGAUAAAUCGAACGGCGUGUUAGCGAAGUUAGCCAUCGCGUGCGCGGAUUUGUACGAAGAAGUGCACGAGAAACUGUCGUCGUCGUUGCGAGGCAAUCCGAAAGCACCGGUGACGCAAGAGCGGUACGUGCCUAAAAUGUGGGCGACGACGACGUUUAUUAAAGCGGCUAUAUUCAACGCCGAAGCGACUGCGAGAGUUUGUGAAACGCUCGUGAACGACGAGGAAACAAUCGGGUCGGCGAUUACUUUGUUGACGCGAUCGAAGGAGCGCUUGGAAUCGGCGUUGAGACGAGCGGAGAUUCCCACCGCGCCGAAACCCCCAAAGCUGGUCGUGGAAGCCGCCGAAAAUAUUUUGAGAGAUUCGAUUAAGUUUGAACUCGGAAAAGCGGUGAGAGAUAACGAGUGCGUGUAUAUGGCCAAAGUUCCAUCAUACGAAGCGUUGCAGCGCUUACACGACGACGCGAGCGAGAAAGUGACCAACCCGUUGCACUCAAAGUUCGGGGCGAAGAUGGUCAAGCCGACAUCGGGUGCAGACAUCGAAGUUUUCCUCGAUCCUUCGAAUAAAGACGACGUGAGCGCGUUGUUUGCGCGCAUUGUACCGGAAGAUUGCGCGAGCUCGGCUUCUUUAUACGCGGAUAAAGUCGACCGACUUGUUCGCGAACAACUCGAACAACUCGCGUUUGCCUCGGACGAAGCGAGAGUCGCGCUGCGCGAAAUGGAACUUCCCGAAACGUACAACGCGUUAAAUCGACCGAUCCAACUUUCCGAGGAAUUAGAUGCGGAGGUGAAAUUCUUUCGCGAUCAGGAUGGUGGUAUCGACGCCAUGCGCGAAACGUUGUCGUUUUCCCGAGACGUUUCGAAACAUUGCGAAACGGAACUGGAGGAAAUCACGUCUCUUCUAGAUAUCGAAAUGAAAGCGGACGGUGCCGCUCGAAACGCGUACGGUUCGCACAAAUAUCGCGCGUUACCAUCAGAUGCGGAAACCACCCGAUGGCGACGCGAUUUAGAAACUUUUGUGAACAACUCCAAACUCGCCGCCGAAUCGGACGAGAAGUUACGAUCCGAAUUCGCUCGGUGCGAACCGAUUUUGCAAAUGACCACUUCAGAAAGCAUCGCACAAAACGCCCCAAAAUUAGAACCGCCGAUGCUUCUUGUUGAAGAUGCGGAAAGUUUAGCUAAAGAGGUCAGAUUAGGAUUAGAAAGAAUUGAACGAAUAGGUCGCGAACGAGAGGAAAUUGAAGACGCUAUGAAAGCGGUGAAAGCGAGCGAUGAUAUUUUACCGACGCUGGUUGGUAAAAUGAAAUCGUCCGUCGAUUCAGAGACCGCGCAAGGUAAGAUAUUCAGCGAUGAACUUGGAAAGUACGACGAAUUAAUUGCCGCGGCGCAGAAUAACACGUUCGCGCAAGCCGAUGCGUUGGCGGAACUGAGGAAGAGUUACAUCAAAUUCAGCGACAUGUACAACGUCUCCUCUCUUCGCGAGAAGGAAAUCAAGAGAGACAACACGUUGCGUGAAGCGUUGCGGAUUGCAGCAGAAUUGUCGCGAGGGAUACAGCAAGGCGUUCGCUUUUACGGCGGAUUUUCGGAUGCCAUUGAAAGUCUGAAGAACGAAGUCAAAGUGUGGUGCGAAAAUCGCGAAAACGAACGGAAACGUAUCGUCGAACGGUUACGAAGAGAAGAAGAAGAGGAGGCGGAACGAGCGAGGAUGGCGGAAGAAGUUAGAAUAAAGACCGAGCAGAUGCGCGUACAGAACGAACGGAGCGUGGCGCAUGCAACAGUAACGACCAGUUACUACCCUGGUUCGGAGUAUCCGGCACAUCAUCAACUACAACAGCAACCGCCGCCGCCCUCGAGCUAUUACCCGCCGCCGCCUCAACAACAACAACAACACUAUCCGCCAACGCAAUCAUCCUAUUAUCCUCCGCAACAACAACAACAUCAUCAACAACAACAACACUAUCCGCGUCAUCCACCUCCGCCCGCGGACGAUGGGUAUUAUAACCCAGGUGGAGAUGAGGGAGGAAAUUUCUCCGCGUACGAUUUACCUUCCGCCCCUCGAGGAAGAUGA